AUGUAUAAUAUCUCACAAACAUGUGAUCGUCAAUUUAUUGCACAAGAAGUAACAAAAAUACAAGUGCCUGAAUUUAAACCAAAAGAUAUUUCCACAGCAGAUAAUGAUAGUAACCAAUGGAGAUUUGAUGAUCAGCAACGAAUGAAUGUUCAAAAGGAAAACAAUUCAUCAGUUGAACAACUUCUUAGUCGAUUGCCUAAACUUGAUGAGAUAGUUGACAUUAAGAUUCAACCAUAUGAAUUAAAAACAGAUGAUGAUACGAAUUUUCAUAUGGAUUAUAUAGUAGCAGCAACUCUUUUACGAGCUGAAAACUAUAAAAUACAAAUAACUGAUCGAAGUCAAAUCAAAAGAAUUGCUGGAAAUAUAAUUCCAGCUAUUGUAACAACAACAGCAAUGGUUACAGGUCUUGUUUGUCUUGAAGUUUAUAAAUUAAUUUAA